UCCCUAUAAUAUUGUAAAUCGAUCCCACAAACGUGGAAUUUAGAGUAACGCCGAAUUCACACGAGGGCGGCGGCGGCUGCAAUGUCAUACCAUCGCUGACGGCUUAGCCCUUCUCAAUCUCUCUAUAAAUCUCAAACCUCUCGCCUUUCUCCCUCAACAAACUCCCCCCUUUUUCAUAAUUUCUUCAUUUUCUAGAUGCCUCCGAGAAGCAAACUCCACUGCGCCGCCGCUGCCGAGAAGGAGACACAAUUCCGGGGAGUGAGGAAGAGGCCCUGGGGUCGAUACGCCGCCGAAAUCCGCGAUCCUGGGAGGAAGAUAAGAGUAUGGCUCGGCACCUUCGAUACUGCGGAGGCGGCGGCGAGGGCUUACGACGCCGCCGCCAGAGAGUUCCGAGGAUCUCGCGCAAAGACCAACUUUUCUUUCUCCGAUGCGGAGCACGAAUCAAGCGGAGCCGUUCCCUUCGAUCUCAACCGCGGCGGCGACGCCCGGUUUAUGUUCCGCGCUUUUCGGAAUGAAAUGGCUGCGGCGGCGCAGCCGUUGUAUUUCUUUGGUAACUUCCGACAUAGCGGCGGCGCAAGGUUUCUUUCCCGGCGGGACGGAAGUAUUGGACACGUCAGCAGUAGUUGAUUCGAGACGGCUUUCGCCGGCGUUGAAGAUCUGUUCGUUGGGUAUUGAUCUGAACCUUCCUCCACCGGCAGAGAUCGCCUGAACGUCGCCGGAGCUAUUUAUUAUUAUUAUUAGAGUCUAAAGAUUGGAAAAAGGUUGUAUUUUUCCUCGCCGGCGCCUUAAUUUUUAUUUGGCCGAGCAGAAGAAUUAGAGUUUAACUGUUCAUUUUCUUGAACUGGGGAUGAGUACUCUUUAUUUAUGUGUAAUUAUUGGAUAAGAAUAAUCUCCUUAUUUUUAGGUGCUUUUACA